AUGAUUGCUACUGCCAAAGAGGUUAUCACCCACGCCACCGCCAUGAAGCCUCAGUCCCACCCCAAAGAUCGCUCAGACAUGAACUAUUUUCCUGCAAUUGAAAUCAAGAAUUCGUCUGAAGCUUGCAAGAAAGACCUUGACGAUGGCCUGCCUGAAGCUGAGCAGGUUCCCAACAUGGCUGUUCACUCCACAGAGAGUCUCGCAGGAACUAAACUCAUCUUCGUUGUCGGCAAGACCGGCACGGGGAAGACGACCAUUCUUGCAGAGUUGACUGGUUUGGAGGGUUUGAACCCCGGCGAAACCAUUGAUGCGGGUACUAAGGAGUAUUCCGUUUGCCCUGCCAUCAUCGAUGACGAACAGUAUCUGUUCAUCGAUACCGCGGGCUUUGGUGACCCAAAGCGCAACGACUUGGAUAUUUUUCGAGAUACCAUAACUUGUUUGAUGUCCUUUGGUCCAUUCGUUCAAGUGGUUGGCGUUCUCUUCGUCAUUGGUCGCCCAGGCACCCGAUUGGAACAACAAGAUGUCAAGACCCUUCGCUGGGUGCAGUGUUUCUGCGGGCCAGCCUUCCUGAGGAACGUCACGUUUGUGACGGGCUUUUGGGACUCAUACAGCAAAAGCGCUUUCAAACAAGCAUAUAAGAGGAUGCAAAGUCUAUUAGAGGAUGAAAUCGUCAAGCAAGCCCUCGAACCCUCAGAUUCUAAUCGGCGGUAUCACGGCGUCCACAUUUACCAUCAUGGGGUCACUGGCGGUGUGCUAACUCCUGACGCCUUUCCUGGUCUUGAUCUCAUUGAAAAUGCGGAAGAGCGUAAAGAGGAGUUGCGCAACCUGAUAAGGCGACGUUAUUCCGAGCUCAGGUUUAAACCGGCCAAACUUCAGUUUAAGCAAGAAGUUGAGGAUCGUACUCCUUUCCUUCUCACUGAAGCCGCAAAGGUGCUGCGCUCUCCUGUUGAUAGCACUGCCGUCAAAUUUGUAAAUGGUAAAUGUGUUCUCCGAAAGGCGAUCGAAUCACAUGAUGCGUCGCCUCUACAUUUCGAACAGGCACCUGAUCAAGAGCCGACAGGAUGGGCUCAGGGUAUCCGGGACUGGUUUGAGCUUGCUCGGCGAGUCUCCAGCUAUUUCCAAGAGGUUCGUCGGAAGGAGUCGACCAGCUUCGGUUCUGGUGUCCAGCACGCGUGGAAUGAUAUCCGUGCCUGGUGGUCAGGAAAAAGCGACGAGGCGUAG